GUAGGUGGCUGAGCUCGCCAGGCAGCCUUGGUCUCUGUCUACGAACAGCCCGUGGGGCAGCCUCGAAGGCCGCAGCCAUGAACGGCACAGAGGGCCCCAAUUUUUACGUGCCCUUCUCCAACGUCACGGGCGUGGUGCGCAGCCCGUUUGAGCAGCCGCAGUACUACCUGGCCGAACCAUGGCAGUUCUCCAUGCUGGCAGCAUACAUGUUCCUGCUCAUCGUGCUGGGCUUCCCCAUCAACUUCCUCACACUCUACGUCACCGUACAGCACAAGAAGCUGCGCACACCACUCAACUACAUCCUGCUCAACUUGGCUGUGGCUGACCUCUUCAUGGUCUUCGGAGGGUUCACCACCACCCUCUACACCUCACUGCAUGGCUACUUCGUCUUUGGCCCCACGGGCUGCAACCUCGAGGGCUUCUUUGCCACACUUGGAGGUGAAAUCGCCCUGUGGUCCCUGGUGGUCCUGGCCAUUGAGCGCUAUGUGGUGGUCUGCAAGCCCAUGAGCAACUUCCGCUUCGGGGAGAAUCAUGCCAUCAUGGGCGUGGCCUUCACCUGGGUCAUGGCGUUGGCCUGUGCUGCUCCCCCACUCGUUGGCUGGUCCAGGUAUAUCCCUGAGGGCAUGCAGUGCUCGUGCGGGAUUGACUACUACACACUCAAGCCCGAGGUCAACAACGAGUCCUUUGUCAUCUACAUGUUCGUGGUCCACUUCACCAUCCCCAUGAUCAUCAUCUUCUUCUGCUAUGGGCAGCUGGUCUUCACAGUCAAGGAGGCCGCUGCCCAGCAGCAGGAGUCAGCCACCACUCAGAAGGCAGAAAAAGAGGUCACCCGCAUGGUCAUCAUCAUGGUCAUCUUCUUCCUGAUCUGCUGGCUUCCCUACGCGAGUGUGGCCAUGUACAUCUUUACACACCAGGGCUCCAACUUCGGCCCCAUCUUCAUGACCCUGCCAGCUUUCUUUGCUAAGUCCUCUUCCAUCUACAACCCAGUCAUCUACAUCAUGCUGAACAAGCAGUUCCGGAACUGCAUGCUCACCACGCUCUGCUGCGGCAAGAAUCCACUGGGAGAUGACGAGGCCUCUGCCACUGCCUCCAAGACGGAGACCAGCCAGGUGGCUCCAGCCUAAGCCCAGCCAGAGACUGUGGCUGACUGUAGGCGUCUCCUGUCCCCACUCGCCCCAGCCACAGCCCCCACCAGGAGCAGCACCCUUUGGAAUGAGGUCAUGCAGGCUCCCUCAGUGUUCUUUUCUUUGUUUUUAAUGAAUUCAUGAAAGCAAAAUGAGGCUCCCCACUCAACAGGGACAGCUUGACAAAGGACAUCUAUCCACCAAGACCCCCAACCUGGAGUCCCCAAUUCCCGGGGGGCCAGCGGGAUCUGUACCCCUCCCCUCAGCUUGUCUCUCAGGAACAUGACAAGUGUCCCGGCUUAGGGCUAAGUGUCUAGGACAGAAUGGAACACAUAGUAGCUGAUUAAUAAAUGCUAGCUGGAUG